ACUUCUCAAUGAUGUCUGUACUGUAGGACGGAAUUUUACAUUGCUUUAGAAAACCUCCGAACAAGAACCGAACGGAAAAGCAACCCACAAUAUGACCAAAUAACAAUGUCCAACGGCCUGAUAGUUUCAUCGUCUCCGGCAGCGCUGAGGCUCCACUGGGAUGUGUUCUUAAGUUUUCGCGGAGAAGACACCCGGGAGAGCUUCACCAAACAUCUCUACGAUUCUUUAAAAAAGCAAGAGAUCAGGGUCUUCUUAGAUGACUCUGGAAUGAUUCAGGGAGAUGAGAUUGCUCCAACUUUAAUGGAGGCAAUUCAAGAUUCAGCCUCAUCGAUCAUUAUUCUUUCACCAAGGUAUGCCAAUUCUCAUUGGUGUCUCGAGGAGCUGGCAAGAAUAUGCGAGCUGAGGAGGCUGAUCCUGCCUGUUUUCUACCAAGUUGACCCAUCUAAUGUCAGAAGACAGAAGGGUCCUUUCGAGCAAGAUUUUGAGAGUCAUUCCAAGAGGUUUGGAGAUGAUAAGGUGGUGAAGUGGAGAGCAGCAAUGAAUAAAGUUGGUGGCAUUUCUGGUUUCGUUUUUGACAACAGCGGAGAAGAUCAUUUGAUUCGGCGAUUGGUCAAUAGGGUUUUGCAAGAAUUGAGAAAAACCCCGGUAGGUAUAGCUACUUAUACGGUUGGACUGGAUUCCCGCUUAGAAAAGUUGAAGAUGAGGUUCACAGAUGAUAAAUCAAAUCGCGUACAAGUUCUUGGACUUUAUGGAAUGGGCGGGAUUGGUAAAACAACUCUUGCCGCAGCUCUCUUCAAUAAACUUGUUGGUCAUUUUGAAAGUCGCUGUUUCAUCUCAAACAUUAAAGAUAUUUCUCAAGAAGAUGGUGGUUUAGUAACGCUGCAGAACAAGCUUCUUGGUGAUCUUUUCCCAGACAGGCCUCCUGUAAAUGAUAUUAAUGAUGGUAUUGCUGUAAUCAAGGAGCUGUGUCAUGAGAAGCGGGUGCUGGUUGUUUUAGAUGAUGUGGAUGAUGUAAACCAGCUGAAUGUAUUAGCAGGAAAGAGAGAUUGGUUUGGUGAAGGAAGUAGAGUUAUUGUUACCACAAGAAACAGAGAUGUUCUUGUUGAACAUCUUGUGAACGAGUUUUACGAGGUAAGAGAGUUAGGUUCCUCGGAAGCCUUACAACUUUUUAGUUAUCACGCACUUAGAAGAGAUAACCCCACAGAAGAAUAUCUAAAUAUAUCCAAGGAGAUUGUAUCUCUCACAGGAGGACUUCCUCUGGCAUUGGAAGUGUUUGGUUCUACUUUGUUUAAUGAGAGAGGGAUAAAGAAAUGGGAAGAUGUCCUGAAAAAAUUGCGAGAAAUUCGACCCGGUAAUCUUCAGGAUGUCUUACGAAUAAGUUUUGAUGGAUUGGAUGAUGAAGAAAAGUGUGUAUUCCUUGACAUUGCUUGCUUGUUUAUUAAAAUGAGGAUGAAGAGAGAGGAGGCUAUUGAUAUUUUGAAUGGUUGUGGCUUUAGGGCUGAGACAGCAAUCACAGUUCUGACAGUAAAAUGUCUCAUUAAAAUUGGUGGAGAUUAUGAAUUAUGGAUGCAUGAUCAACUUAUAGACAUGGGAAGACAAAUUGUUCGAUAUGAAAACCUUUUAGAUCCUGGUAUGCGUAGUAGGCUAUGGGAUCGCGGCGAUAUCAUAACAAUGCUGAAGCACAAGAAGGGAACAAGACAUGUACAAGGUUUAAUCCUUGACUUUGAAAAGAAUAAUUAUGUCAGAACUCAAAAUAUUUCUUGGGUUAGCGCACUUAAUCCGAGUUCUGCACUUGACUACUUGAUUGAAAAAUGUAAGCUGUUUCUUCAACGAAGAGCAGAGGAGGGAGAGCUGAUACUUGACACUGAAGCCUUGAAAUCAUUGGUUAAUUUGAGACUCCUACAAAUCAAUCAUGCAAAAGUGAAAGGGAAGUUCAAAAGUUUUCCUGCUAGCCUGAAGUGGUUACAAUGGAAAAAUUGUCCUUUGAAAAAACUUACUUCUGAUUAUGCUCCUCAUGAACUAGCAGUGCUAGAUCUAUCGGAGAGUGGAAUUCAACGAGUUUGGGGUUGGACUAGGAACAAGGUGGCUGAGAACUUGAUGGUUAUGAAUCUUCGACGUUGCUAUAAUCUCGAGGCCAGUCCUGAUUUAUCUGGAUGUAAAAAGUUGGAAAAGCUUGAUUUUAAAGGCUGCAUACAACUGACCAAGAUUCAUGAAUCACUGGGGAAUGUAAGGACCUUACUUCAAUUGAACUUGGAUGAAUGCAUAAACCUUGUUGAAUUUCCACGUGAUGUCUCUGGGCUCAGACUUCUUCAGAAUCUCAUUCUCUCCAACUGCUUAAAAUUAGAAGAAUUGCCACAGGACAUAGGCAGCAUGAAUUCCUUGAAAGAACUUCUUGUUGAUAAAACUGCUAUAUCUAUGCUUCCCCAAUCUCUUUACCGCCUUACAAAACUUGAGAAGCUUAGUUUGAAUGGUUGCAAAUUCAUAAAAAGGCUGCCAGAACGCUUGGGAAACCUGAUUUCUCUGAAGGAACUCUCUCUCAAUCAUUCUGCAGUUGAAGAACUGCCAGAUUCUAUCGGAUCUUUGUCAAACCUUGAGAAACUAAGCUUAAUGCGGUGCCAGUCACUCACUUCGAUUCCUGAAUCCAUUAGAAAUCUCCAGUCAUUGAUGGAAGUUUCAAUUAAUAGCAGUGCAAUCAAGGAAUUACCUGCUGCAAUAGGUUCAUUACCUUAUUUAAAGACAUUAUUCGCUGGAGGGUGUCAUUUUCUGAGCAAAUUGCCUGAUUCAAUUGGAGGACUUGCUUCUAUUAGCGAACUUGAGCUAGAUGGGACAUCAAUAUCAGAACUUCCAGAGCAAAUUCGUGGUUUGAAAAUGAUUGAGAAGCUUUACUUGAGGAAGUGCACAUCUCUUAGAGAAUUGCCUGAAGCAAUUGGGAACAUACUGAAUCUUACUACUAUAAACUUGUUUGGUUGUAAUAUUACUGAGUUGCCUGAAUCCUUUGGGAGGCUGGAAAACCUUGUGAUGUUGAGAUUGGAUGAGUGUAAAAGGCUCCACAAGCUUCCUGUUUCGAUAGGAAAUUUGAAGUCUUUAUGCCACUUGCUAAUGGAGAAGACUGCUGUUACAGUAUUACCUGAAAAUUUUGGAAAUCUCUCUAGCUUAAAGAUAUUGAAAAUGCAAAAAGAUCCGCUUGAAUAUCUCAGAACACAAGAACAGUUGGUUGUCCUUCCAAAUUCUUUCUCAAGACUCUCCUUGCUAGAAGAACUAAAUGCUCGUGCUUGGAGAAUAUCUGGAAAAAUUCCUGAUGAUUUUGAGAAACUGUCAUCGUUAGACAUCUUGGAUCUGGGCCACAACAAUAUCAGCAGCCUUCCAUCCAGUUUAUAUGGCCUUUCUCUUCUACGGAAGCUUCUCCUGCCUCAUUGUGAAGAGCUGAAGUCUCUCCCUCCGCUUCCCCCAAGUUUAGAGGAAUUGGAUGUUUCCAACUGCUUUGGAUUGGAAACAAUAUCAGAUGUUUCAGGCUUGGAAAGGUUGACGUUGCUGAACAUCACAAAUUGCGAGAAAGUGGUGGACAUUCCUGGCAUCGGAUGCUUGAAAUUCCUGAAACGGUUAUACAUGAGCAGUUGCAAGGCAUGCUCCUUGACAGUGAAGAGAAGACUAUCCAAGGUUUGCUUGAGGAAUAUUCGCAACUUAAGUAUGCCUGGGAGUAAAUUCCCAGAUUGGUUUUCUCAAGAAAGUGUAGUUCACUUUUCCGAGCAAAAUAAUCGUUCAAUCAAAGCUGUGAUUGUAAGUGUUGUCGUCUCUCUGGACCGCGAGAUACCAGAGCACUUGAGAUAUUCCCCACUUAUACCAGACAUUCAGGCCAUUGUACUUGAUCAGAAUAUACCUAUCCACAGCACCACAUUAUACUUACGGGGAAUACCAAAGAUCAAUGAGGAUCAAAUUCACAUAUGUCGAUAUUCAAAUAUCCAACCUUUGGUUUCAAUGUUGAAAGAUGGCUGUAAGAUACAGGUAAGAAAGCGAAAUCCACCGGUGAUUGAAGGGAUUGUGCUGAAGAAGAGUGGAAUUCUCCUGGUUUAUGAGGACGACGAUGAUUAUGAUGGAAAUGAAGAAUCGUUGGAUGAAAGUCAACAAUCUGUAUCACAAAAGCUGGCCAAUUUUUUCAAUUCAUAUGAAGAAGAUAACCAAGUUUGUUGAAGUUGAAAGACAACGUGCACGAUAUUGAAGGGAAUGAAUGAUCAAAAAGUUCAGCAAACAUGCCAUGCAAUCUAACUUGGAAGGUCUUGUCUUCCAUGAGAAUUGGAUUUUAAUUCAUAUGUAAGGUCUUACAUCGGGCUCUGAGGAUGCUAGACAGGACUUAAAUACGUACUGGGAAGACAACUUCUCUGCUUGCUGCUGGCUGUGUUGAUGUUAUCUGAAAUGCUCCAUGUUGCUAUCUUAGUUGUGGCUGGAUUGAGGAAUAUGUCCCAAUCAUUCGAAGAAGAAGAAGAAGAAGAAGAAGAAGAAGGGUAAUAAUCAUAGACGAUCGAGUUCAUCAUCAAAUGAGAUUGAGAGCUUGCAAAUUAGCCACUCAAAGUAUGGGGAUCUGAAAGUGCUCAUAAAAAUGCAAACGAGCUCCUUCUAUUUCAAAGGUUUGCAGCAGAACAACAAGGCUCCUCCAUUGAUAAGUGUAUCACUGUAAAUUUCUAGGCUAUGUUUUGGUGUGCGUUAGUCCUGCUCCCUUGCAUUUUGUUGGUGUCUUGAAAUAUGGGUUUAGUUUCAAUCUUCUUCAAUGUGGUCUAACCAUCUUCUAUGAACCAUGCACUUGCUAGCCUUAGAAAUUAAGAGGCAUCACUUGUACUUCA